UGGGCGAUGACUGGAAAGUGCCAGGUUGUACAAGACCAACAAACGUUCAUUAGCAGCUGGCUUGGUAUCGUAAAUACAAUUAAUUUGAAACAAAAAUACACGAUCUCGUUGUGUAGCAAUGGCAGACGAAGACUCGGAUGUGUUUGAAAUUACCGAUUUUACGACUGCAUCGGAAUGGGAAAGGUUUAUUGCAAGAUUGGAAGAAAUUCUUCACGAAUGGAAACUGGCAAAUCGCCCACCUCUGCAACCAGCUCCAAAAGACGAAUACACGAAUGGGACCUGGGAUGAACGCACUGAUGCAAUAGACUUUGCAGAUUUUAAGUUCAAAAUUGUUCAUAAAUAUUUAAAGACAUUUGUACCAAAUGAGUCGAGGAGUUCUGAAGAAAAAGAGCGACAUGAUGAAUCUGACGAUGUUGACGAAGAUGACGAGAAAACGCCGACAGUUUUUUCUGAUAUAAUGAACUUGGAAAAUGACUUCCCUUCCAGGGCUCACUGUUUAUGUCGAUGGUUUGGACUGCAGGAGUUCAUAAUCAUUUCCCCAGCAGUUAAUGAAAAGAUUGACAGCGAGAGCCGUUCCAAACUCUUGCUAAGUUCAGCUAGUGUUGCCUUGAAUAAUACCUGUUGUACAGUACCAGUCUUCAUCCAGGUUCAACAGAGCUGGCGUAAACUCUAUUGUGGAACUUGUAGUCUUCCUGGAGCAAGUGUUGAGUUUGAAAUGGUCCAUUUAAAGAAGACGCCAACACAGUAUAAUCAUCUGGCAGGUCUCCUUGAUGUAUUCAAGUCGAAACUCGGUUGUGUGUAUAUUUCAAUGCCACCUGUGUCUGUAUCAGUACGAUUCACUUACAUCUUGGAAGAUUGGGGAAGCUCCUUUUGGGCUCAAGAAAUGCCUGACUUCAAUGGUGUUAUGGAGGGAGAAGUUGGAUGUAAAAGUUUUGGUGUUCUUCCAUUUGGGGUAUGUGAAGAUCCAGUAAGUGAUCUUAACCUGUCCUGUACGUGGCCCAGUUUGUCAGAAGAUAUGAUUGUAGAAAACCAUAUUUAUUCUGAUCUUGAUCCUUUGCAAGCACCACAGUGGAGUGUAAGAGUCAAUAUGACUGAAGAUCCUGUUAGCUUGCUUGGUGAUUACCUCAGAGAAUUCCUCAGUCUUUGCAACCGAAAAGAAACCACUGAUGAACUGCUGGGAAGUAAAAUAUCAGAAGACCAAGAUAAACAGCAAGCAGGAGACAUCAGCCAAGUCCUUCAGCGACUCACAGAACCGACAGUGUCCUAUUCACUUCCAUCGCUAGGAAAUGUUGUGUCCAGAGCAACAGCCAGAUUGAAAAUGAAGCCAGAAGAAGCACCUAUUCCUGAAGAAAUGCUGAAUCACAUUCUGUUUUUCUUGUUUCCUGAUGCUCAAGGGACAGCUUCUAAAUGUGCUGAAGCCAAAGAAGACUCAGAAGAUGAGGAUGGAGAAAAAAUUCCUGAAACUGAAAGGUAUCAAGAGCUUAUGAAGCAAAUGAAUAAGCAGAUGAAGUCCGCUCCUUUAGACAGCUUGACAUUCAAGCUUGCAGUUACAUUCUGCAUCAUUAAUCACAACCAUGGCGGCCUUAGUGCAGUUGCUCACUUAUGGCAAGAGUUCAUUUUGGAAAUGAGGUACAGAUGGGAAAAUGGUCAUCUGAUUUCUGGCAUUGAACAAUGUCAACCCAAUUUGGGUACUUGCCUUUUGCACCAGAAAUUGCAAAUGUUAAAUUGCUGUAUAGAAAGGAAAAGGAAGAGAGAAUCUAUGGGUUACAAUUUGGAAUCUUCGCCUAGAGAAAACAGUUUACCAAAGGAUGCAGACCUUAAUGAUCAGACUGUAUUAUGCAAUGACAAUUCUGAGACUGUGUCACCAAAAGCGACACCUAAUUCAUCUAAGGCUGAUUUUGUGGCCAGUGGUGGAAGCUCAAGUGAUGAUGAGUUCUUUGAAUGCGAAGAUGAGAAAUCUGAAGCAGCUAAGACAGCUCCAAAAGAUGAAGCAAAAGAAAAUGUACCUGAUGAUCAUGUUGAUGAAUACAACACUGAUACACUAAAACAACAGAACAGCACUGAAUCUUGCCUCAGUGAAACCUUCACUGAUACUGUCACUCACAAACCUGAGGGCAGAUUAGCUCCGUGUAAAGACUUGAAGCUACUGAGUUCAGGGGAACCAAUGUACAUCCCAAUAACACAGGAACCAUCCCCAAUGACUGAAGAUAUGUUGGAGGAACAUGCUGAGGUCUUGGCCAAGUUAGGAUCAUCUCCAGAAGGUACACAGCUGAGAGCUCGCAUGCAGAGUGCUUGUCUGCUUUCGGAUAUGGAGUCAUUCAAGGCGGCCAACCCUGGAUGUUCUUUGGAGGAUUUUGUUAGAUGGUAUUCUCCAAGAGAUUUCAUUGAAGAAGAAGUGGAUGAAGAUGACGGAACUGUGAUCCAUGGUUGCCUGAGUCCAAGAAUGCAGAUUCCUGGUAACAUGUGGGUUGAAGUGUGGCAAAGUUCCCGGCCAGUUCCGGCAAGGCGGCAGAAAAGGCUCUUUGAUGACACUAAAGAAGCUGAAAAAGUUCUGCAUUUUUUGGUUUCACUAAAACCUGCAGAUGUUGUUAUCCAGCUGAUGCCUGUAUUGAUCCAUGCAUCCAUUGUUAAGAUCUUGGAAAAUGAGGAACCUGAUGUUCCAACAUUAAAGACACUUGUUAACCAGAUUGUAUCCAAGUCCGUCAAGCUUACCCAUUACCCUGUGAACAGAAAAUAUGAACAACUUGUGCACAUGAUUGAACUUGCUGAGACUGUCAUAGCGAGGACAAGAUCACUGAAGUCUAAAUUCACGGUGGACAUGCUGGAAAACGUGGGUGGUGAGGAAGAGCUACAGCUGUUUGUGUCAAGUCUUCUUCAGCAGCCAGAAGUAAACGUACGAGGUGGGCCAUGUGGGCCAGCUGGGGCCAUUAUUCACAAACUGUUUGUGGCAUCCCAAAAGGCCGAAUUUAUGCUUCUGGAUGAGGAGAAAGAUUCCAAACAGCCCACAGAAGAGCCGCACAAACCUGCUAGUACUGUUUCCGACUUUCCUAGGGCAUCUGCCAGAGAGUACAUACUCCGAGCAAUGGUGCCAAGACCAGCUCCUUACUCUAGAGUCCUUCCUCAAAAGAUGUAUUGUGUUCUGGUGGACAAUGACUUUAGAUUAGCAGGGGCAUUUUCUUCAGACACCACAUUUCAGUGAAUUGUUUUUUUAUUAUUUUAUUUAUUUACAUCUUGAAAAUGUAUUUACAUGUUGCAAUUGUUCUUUCUAAUUUAAUUACUUGAUUAGACCAGCUUUCUAUUAACACGAUUUAUCGAUACGAUGCAUUUACAUAAUACCUUUUCCAUAUGCAUGAUUCCAUUCAUGGGAAGGGUGUGACAUAGCCCAGUGGUAAAGCGCUCGCUUGAUGCACGGUCGGUUUGUAAUUGAUCCCCAUCGGUGUGUCCAUUGGGCUAUUUCUUGCACCAGCCAGUGCACCACAACUGGUAUAUCAA